AUGUCUAGUCCACCUUCACCUAGAACAACAGCUUUAAUUGUUCAGAUCGCAGCCAUGUGUGACAAUUUUGAAAGAUUGUUAAGAGAACAAGGUGAACAACUUCAACAAAGAAUUGAUGAGUUGGAAAGGAGGCCCCAAAAUUCUAAUGAUGGUAGUGGUGAUGAGGAGGAAAGAAGACUGCAGGUUGCUUCUAUUGAGUUCAAGGAGUAUGCCUUAGUUUGGUGGGAUCAAUUGACCAAAGAUAGAAGGAGGUAUGCAGAACGACAAAUUGAUACAUGGGAAGAGAUGAAAAGAAUCAUGAGGAGAAGGAUUGUUCCUUCCUAUUAUCAUAGGGAAUUGCACAACAAAUUGCAAAGACUCACUCAAGGUUCUAAAAGUGUUGAAGAAUAUUUCAAGGAGAUGGAAGUUCUCAAAAUUAGAGCUAAUGUAGAGGAGGACGAUGAAGCAACUAUGGCUAGGUUUCUCCAUGGUCUAAAUCAUGACAUUAGUGACAUAGUGGAACUUCAUCACUAUGUUGAAAUGGAUGAAUUGGUACACCAAGCUAUCAAAGGGGAACAACAACUCAAAAGAAAGAGCCAAGCAAGGAGAAAUUCCACCAUUUUCAAUUCUCAAAGUUGGAAGGACAAAACAAAGAAGGAGGGUGCUUCAUCAUCUAAGGAAGCCACGGUUGAAAACAAAGGUAAAACUAUUACAUCUUCUUCUUCAAGUGUUUCAACUAACAAAAGUGUUAAGUGUUUCAAGUGUCAAGGCCAAGGACAUAUUGCAUCUCAAUGUCCAACAAAGAGAACUAUGCUUAUGGAAGAAAAUGAAGAAAUUGUUGAAGAGGAGGAUGGUGAUUAUGAUGAGGAGUUUGAAGAAGAAAUACUUAGUGGAGAUUUACUCAUGGUGAGAAGAAUGUUGGGAAGCCAAAUAAAGGAGGAGGAUACAGGUCAAAGAGAAAACCUUUUUCAUACAAGAUGCUUUGUGCAAGGAAAGGUUUGUUCUUUAAUAAUUGAUGGAGGAAGUUGUACAAAUGUUGCAAGCACGCUUCUGGUUUCUAAACUAAAAUUGGAAAUAAAACCUCACCCUAAGCCUUACAAACUCCAGUGGCUUAAUGAAAGUGUAGAAAUGCUUGUUAAUAAACAAGUUGAGAUUUGUUUUAAAAUUGGAAAAUAUGAGGAUGUAGUGUUGUGUGAUGUAGUACCAAUGGAAGCUAGUCAUUUGUUAUUAGGUAGGCCUUGGCAAUUUGAUAGAAAAGCCAAUCAUGAUGGGUACUCCAAUAAGUACUCUUUUAUGUAUCAUUAUCAAAAGAUCAAUCUUGUACCCUUAAAUCCUAGUGAGUCUCUUUUGCAAGAAUUUAAAGAAUUGUUUCUGAAAGAGGUGCCAAGUGGUUUACCACCUAUAAGAGGAAUUGAACAUCAUAUUGAUCUCAAUCCAGGAGCAUCUUUGCCUAAUAGGCCAGCAUAUAGAAGCAAUCCACAACAAACUCAAGAGAUACAAAGGCAAGUUGCUGAAUUGAUAAGUAAAGGAUGGGUAAGAGAAAGUUUAAGUCCUUGUGUUGUCCCUAUUAUUCUAGUCCCUAAAAAGGAUGGUAGUUGGAGGAUGUGCACUGAUUGUAGGGCCAUUAACAAUAUUACCAUUAAAUAUAAGCAUCCUAUUCCUAGACUAGAUGAUUUGCUUGAUGAAUUGUUUGGUGCAUGCUUAUUUUCUAAAAUUGAUUUGAAAAAUGGAUAUCACCAAAUUAGAAUAAGGGAAGGGGAUGAAUGGAAAACUGCUUUUAAAACAAAAUUUGGUUUCAUUGUGAGCUCUAAAGGAGUCCACGUUGAUGAGGAAAAGGUGAAAGCCAUUCGAGAGUGGCCUCCUCCCAAAAAUGUAAGUGAGGAAGGUCAUCCACUUGCUUAUUUUAGUGAAAAGCUAAAAGGGGUUGCCCUUAAUUAUUCUACAUAUGAUAAGGAAUUGUAUUCCUUGGUGAGAGCUCUACAAACUUGGCAACAUUACUUGCUGCCCAAAGAGUUUGUCAUUCAUAGUGAUCACGAAUCCUUGAAACAUUUGAAGGGACAAGGUAAGUUGAAUAAGAUGCAUGCCAAGUGGGUUGAGUUUCUUGAACAAUUUCCUUAUGUAAUCAAGCAUAAGAAAGGUAAAUCUAAUGUUGUGGCAGAUGCACUCUCAAGAAGACAUGUCUUGCUUUCUACUCUUGAAACAAAAGUUUUUGGUCUUGAGCAUAUUAAAGAUUUGUAUAAAAGUGACCUUGAAUUUUCUUCAAAAUUUUUAGCUUGUGAGCAUACUGCCUUCAAUGGGUAUUUUAGGCAUAAUGGCUAUCUAUUUAAAGAAAAAAACUAUGUGUGCCUAAAGGUUCCAUUAGAGAAUUACUUGUAA